AUGUCGAUUGAAACGAUUCCGAAGAAUAUGAGGGGUCUUCGCGCGUGCCUCGUUUGUUCCCUCAUCAAAAGCCUUCAGCAAUUUGUGGAUGAUGGUUGCGAUAAUUGCGAGAAAUUCUUGCAUCUCAAGGGUGACAACGAGCGAACGAUCGACUGCACGAGCCCGUGUUUCAAUGGAAUGAUCGCAGCAAUGGAUCCAAACGACUCUUGGGUGUGCAAGUGGAAGAAUAUCUCCCGCAAACACAGGGGCAUCUAUGCGGUUUCCACCUCAGGCACUCUUCCACCACGAAUCGCCGCCGAACUUCGAGACAUGGGUGUUCGCUAUACGGCGCGUAUGAGAGAUGCAACUCAA